AAGUGAUGUAGAAAGAGACUGUUCGCAACCUUGCCUCUCGUAGCAAGAUCUUCAAAACCUACCUACUUGUUCAUGACCAUCUCUGAAGAUUAUUCCGUAUUGUAGUUGCAAGUGCGACGUACUAGUUAGUAGAUUCUUCAGUAGCGAACACCGUAAUCAUGAGACAUCCCUUUUUCACGCAACUUCGGCGGAAAGACUAGUGAUUUUGUGUAAGUACUCAGAUCAGAUAAUACAAUGACAGACUUGUACAACCGUGAUUAUAUUAGGGCAAGCAUCAACUUCAAGAACAAGUAAAUGGCCCCCAGACUGUUUCAUCCAGUGCUUUUGUUUUCGCACGUCAAACGGUUUUGAAGCUUGCUGGACCGACCACUCCGAUUAGUGGUCCUUGUGCCGCUGCCUGAAAUUACUUCCAGAAUCCAACUCCGAACUCCAAAGAAGCAUCAAGUUCAACGCUUUCCAGAAUCCGAUUCCGAACUCACGUCACCAUCCAAAGAAGCAUCAAGUUCAACACGUGUCAAGAUGAAGGUUACAGACGUAAAAUUUCCUACCCUUCAGAUGUUGAAGGAGACAAUCGGCGCAUUGAAGGAGAUCGAUGAGUCCGGAACCGUGAAAUUCCUUUUUUCCACUGGCGAAAUCCAUCCGAAGGGAAUUCUCUGUCGGUUGAAGGAUCCUAAGUUAUGAUGUUCCAAUGGAGGAGGAGGACGUCAACAUGAGAUGCUCAUGCUCUGGAGAUGAAAAAAAAUUCCAAAAAAAAAGUUUUGAUUUCCUCACGACCAAUGCUAGUUAGCAGAGAGUACUUCUAUGAAACGAUGUCCUUUCUCCUGAUGCAGGUCCUGAAAUGUAGAGAUAUUAAAGUCUCUCAUUUUGUUCUCACAAAUAGAAGAAAGUAGUACUAAGCGAUCUAUUUCCUGAGGAUGAGCACUAAAAAGAACAACAACCGCCUCUAGUAUAAGUAGGUACACUCAGCAUCAUCAUCAUCAUCAUCAUCAUCAUCAUCGUCAUCGUCAUUCUCUCUAAUCCUCGGCGAAUUCGUCUGCGAGUAUUUCCUUUCUUCCGCUGCUUUGCUCACAUUCGAUCUGCCCAAUGGGAGCUACGAGUUCACUUUCGAUUGUGGAGAAAUGCUGAAAUUAAGGCUCAAUAGAUACAACACUUCAUUUCUAUAUUUAUCAAGAGGACAUUGAUAAAUAUCAAGAGGACCACAUUGAUUUGAAAUUCUCAUUUGUUUUGAGCUCCUCUAAUGAAACUGCUGAAACAUGGAGACAUGCAGGAUCGGGUUUCUCUGAUCUGCGACAGCGAAACCGACUCCAUGGAGUUGAAGAUAGAACACAUGCGGCCGCCACCUGCCAAAGCCAGCACCUACAUUAUCUUAAGGCUGGGUCCCUAAUGCUUUUCAACGGGGAAAAUGUACAAAGGAUAAACUUCCGAGCCGUUUCUUUUCAAGGGGAAAAAAAAUGGUCCAUCUUCUUUUUCGGAAGCAUCUUAGUCUUAUACUUAGAGACGUUUUCAAGUAGGGGGAAAAUGCAAAUUGUCAAUGGUCGCGGAAAUGGCAUUGGCAUCUUAAUAGAGCCGUAGUUUCUUUUCAAGGGAACCCUAAAAUAUGGUGGGCGCAGGAACAGGAUCGACCACUUCCAUAAGAGAUCCACCUCCACCAUUCUUCAAGUAGACUAUAGCUUCUUCUUGUUUUGUAUGAUGCUGGGGGUUGUUGUUGACUUUUUGAUCAUGGAUUGCAUUUUUAGGGCCUCCACCAUCCACCAGUUAGGGCCUCCAACAUCUAAUUUUGAAAGCAAGUGCAAUUGAGAAAGAGACAGUAAACGCCCCACCCAUGGAUGAAGUGAGGAAAUGGCCGUAUCUGCAGAUGCAGUGUGCGGAUUUCAUUAGGAGCUGCACUAGGGUUGCGGACGUCAUGAAAAGUUCGGGAGGAGUGGGAGGAGGUAUCGUCUUCAUGUUCAUCAUACUUACUGAAGAGUAUCCAUUUAUUGAACGAUAUAGUGGAUCAACAUGUUGUUCAUGAGUAUGAAAAUUACAAUCGUCUAAGAACAACAGCAUUAUUAUAUCCGCCAUCGUCUAAGAACAACUAGAAUUAAAGACCUUUCUUCAUGAAAGGCACUGCAAACAUCUCCCCGCGCUAGGCACAUUCAUUCAAUCAUUUACAUAUUUUGCGUAUCGAUUUCGAUCCCGUACGGUACCAGGUACUGUUGCACUUUUUUAAUGUAAUAGUUGCACUCUCCUGAGCCUGAGCCUGAAUUUCACUACAACAACAUUCCAGACAAAAUCCUCCGCUUGAUCGCAUCAAAGCAGAAUUUGAGCUUAAAUCAUGAGGAAAACGAAAGUAACCUGGGUUUCCAGGUCAAGUGGCGUGAAGAAGAUCAGGGACCAGAAAGCUACGCGAAUAAGUGCCCAUUUCAUUGCCAGAGUAUGGGUAAUGUUCACUGUGAUAAUUCUGAUUGCCAGAGAAGUAAUAUGGGUGGGCUUCGUUGUAUUUGUUGUAUGGGUGCAACUUCUAUCAUCUUCACUACGAUUCUGAUUGCUUCUUGUUCUUGUGGAGGGCAACUUCUAUCAUCUUCACUACGAUUCUGAUUGCUUCUUGUGGAGGACUUUGUGUGUGAAGGUGAAUGGCUCCUGGCAUACUUCUAUAGGAGGUGGCAUGCACUGCGCUGGUUGCUAGUUGUAUUUGUUGUUGGAUAUUAUAUGCAACUUUGUGUAUCAUGGAUCUGACUUUCCCUCUUUUCAACCUUCAGCCCACCAUGGUCACGAUGGAUGGUACAACGUGCACUAUCUGAUAACGCUCGCAAAAGGCGGAAAGCAGGUUUCUGAUGUGGUCAAUGUUCUCUUUCCCCCUGACACGAGAAAGAUGCAGAACAUGGCUGGAUUUUUGUUCCGGUUAGAUGAGUGCGUGUCCAAAGCGCACUCCAUGGAUAAGCACUACAAUCAAGGGGACGACGCAAUCAACCAAAUACUGGCACCAGAACAAGAUUUGAACCAGAUUCUUGAGGUACGUACUCUUGAACCAGAUUCUUGAGGUACUCUUCUAGGUGGACUAGCUAUACGAGCUACAUCAGUACUCUAGGUGGACUAUACUAGCUACAUCAUGACCAACAACAUGAUCAACAUUCGAUGCCUAUACCAAUACCUCCAUCAUCUAUUUUUACCUCGUCCAUCAUCUGUCUCUAUGAUCAUUCUUUUUAAGAACUACCUGCCUCUAGGAACCAGCCCCCAAACCCGAUGGCGACAACAGUGACGACGAUGGAAUGCUGAGACCGCGUGAGCUCAUCUUCGAGGACGACCCUAAAGACAAGGUCAUAGACCUCGACGACAACAUCUUAGCUCAAGCACCUGCAAACAGUAAUUAAGGGUUACCACAUUGCAUUCAUCUCUUUCUCCGCUGCCAUCCUUGCUCAUGUUUUCGAGUAGGAAAAGGGUGAGGGAUGAGGAUGACCUGCAGAAUGCAAUGUCGCAGCCUCUAGAGUAAUGCCCGACUAUUCAGUGAUGCGCGUGUGAUAUGCAAUCAAACGAAAAAGUUGGAGCAAAAACGGCACAAACUUACGGCUCUUACCUCUAAGUAAUCACUGUAAUAAAUUAUAAGUAAGUACCUUUGCUAAUAAAAUACGAAGAUUCGUUCCUCAGGUGUAUUAUACAAGGGAAAAAUACUCUCUUUUUCAUCUUGAGGGAUCAUACCCUACUCCUAUAUAAAUCCUUUAUCAAAAUGAUGAAAUUGAAAUAGCAUUAGGUCCAGCUCCAACAAGCAGCAACAACAGGCACAGGCAGAUACAAUUUUUGCCGAUGAAAUGAAUCAUGACGAGGAAGACGCCCAGAGUAAGGAGGACUACGAAGAUCAAAUACAGAAGUUUCGGGAGACGUUGAAAGCCAAAAUCGCUGGAGGACAAUUGACGCUAAAACAGUGUCAGACUUUGAGAGGUACUUCUUCAACUUGUUGGAGAUGAGGUAAAUGAAUGAAUGAAUGAAUGAACUCCUUGUAGCAUUUCCAUUUCACGCCCUCCCUUGGUCAUAUCCUUUCAACAUCUGGAGCAUAAAUUUUUUAGUCUAAAAUUAUGUUCUAUUAAUUUCUAUUGUUGAAGAUCGUCAAAACCAAAACCGAAUUUCCUUCCACCACAAUAUAUUUAGUACCGCAACUCUACCACAACCACAACCACUGAAGAACACGAGUAAAUAAAAGCACUAGAUCAAGACUUUCACUUCUACGAUAUAGAAAUGGAUGAAAGGCAGGAAAACUAACGAUCACUUCGGAAAGUGCUGCAUACUGUAUGUAAAACUACUCCGUCUGUAAAACUACUGCUCAGGAUCACUAUUGCUGAUCGUCAAAUAGUAGACCAAGUUUCCUUGCGCCACAUCAAUCUAAUUAUACCCAACAACAAGAACACACUUCUAGUACAACCACUGAACACGACCAGAUCUCACCCGCGGCGGUCCCCUCGAUUCCAUCGUCAUUGCGGAGUGUGUCGCGAUCGCUAACAAGUACCCCGAUGAGGUCGCAAAAAGACGGGAAAAGAUGCUGAACUUGGAUACAAAGUUUGGGCACUUGGCAUUUUUUUGCUCUAGUCGUGAGGCACCAAAAUUAAACGACCUCUACGACAGCGAAUCGGAAGAGGAAGGAGAGAAAGUUAAGAUGUUGAAUCCUUCAGAUUUUUGUAGAUUCUUAGGUAUGAUAUUUUCGUGGUAACGACCUUACUUAGCUUGAGCAGUGGUUAGUAGCAGUGCUUAGUAAAAAUAGUAGCAAUGGUUAGUAGCUGUGGGUUAGUGCGUGGUAUAAUUAGUACGAUUGAUCCUGUUGUCCUUGUCAUCAACGGGAGGUCAACAUGAUGUCAUCUCCGCUGAUGCCCACCCCGUAGCUCUAACACGGAAAACACGGUGAAAGAGGAGCUGCUGGACUACUACAUUUGGGACCGGAGGAAGUACUUGGGCGCUGAUCGUCCCCUCAUUGGAGUCGAGCAGCCGGACGACAAAGAUCGGCUGCCGACACCGGCUAGAGGCGGAACGCCUAUGGAGGUCGAUCAGGUGAGCAGACUAAAAGAGGAACUGCCGGAAUUUGUGGUGAAGUGAGGAGUCACCUGCUGAACAUUUAGGGGUGAAGAUGAAGAUCAUUGUAAUCCCUCAUGUGCUAACCAGUAGUCUGAACAAGGUUGUUGUUUGAUGCCCUCUAUUCCACAUGCCCAUGGCAGUGCUGAUACACUCUGCUUAAUAGUAAUGAAGACACAUCGCCACACAACGAUGACCUCCUAUAUUUGUCAUACUGCAGAAGCAGAUUUUGGAGAUGAAAACUCAUACACCUGAUUUUUAUCGAACGUUUUUACAAUUAUACCGAAAAGAAAAUCCCUUAUUGUCCAUCCCAAGAGGUACUGCUAAGGGCGUCUGCAGGCCUUUGCAUCAUAGACCUAGUUUUGAUGUUCUUCUUUCCUAAU